CUAUACAUGAACCCAGCCCAGCUGGGCUACUACGGAUCAUACCAUUCCCUGGCCACGGAGGGGGGAGCGAUGGGAGGAGCCAUGGUGACAUCACACUCCAUGAUGGCCCUGAGUGGUCAGCAGCAGAACGGCAUGAUGGGAGGCCAACAGCAAAGCGUUAUGGGUUCUCAGCAGAAUGGAAUGGUGGCAUCACAACAGAAUGGCUUCAUGGCUCAACAGGAUGUCAUGGGGCAAGCAGUCAACACGUCCCCGUUCAUGGCAGGAGUGCCACACAGCAUGAUGAAUCAUCAGCAAAGCAUUAUGGGAGCUCAGCAGAGUGUUAUGAUGGGAGCUCAGCAGAGCGGCAUGAUGGGAGCUCAACAGAGCGGCAUGAUGGGAGCUCAGCAGUGCGGCAUGAUGGGAGUUCAGCAGAGCGGCAUGAUGGGAGCUCAGCAGAGAGGCAUGAUGGGCGCUCAGCAGAGAGGCAUGAUGGGAGCUCAGCAGAACGGCAUGAUGGGAGCUCAGCAGAACGGCAUGAUGGGAGUUCAGCAGAGCGGCAUGAUGGGAGCUCAGCAGAGCGGCAUGAUGGGAGCUCAGCAGAGCGGCAUGAUGGGAGCUCAGCAGAGCGGCAUGAUGGGAGUGCAACAUAACGGCAUCAUGGGAGCACAGCAACAAAGCAUCAUUGGACGUCAACAGAAAGGCAUGACGGGCGGAGUGGUGUCCGUGCCUCAGCAGGUACAGCAGGAUCAGUGCGCCAUCACUCAGAUGACCCAGCACAUGGCGGGGGUGAACUUCUACGGCACCAACGCCAUGACGGGAUACGGCAGUCAGCACACUGGCGGACCAAAGACUCAAAGCUCCAACCACAUGACAAAGUCUCACGUCUGGAAGUGAUGUCAUCACCCGAAGAGGAAGUUGAUGUCACUGAGCAGCAGUGGUGCUUGGAAGGUUUCGGGGACUUUUCGAAUGAACUUUCCAUCAGACAUUUUAGAUAACAUGGGAGGAGGAUGAGGGUGGGAAAUUUACUUAGGCGCGCUUUCGAUCUCUCCUCUCCUCUCCUCUCCUCUCCUCUCCUCUCCUCUCCUCUCCUCUCCUCUCCUCUCCUUAUUUCAGAGCCAUUUCCAUGCUUGCCUUCAGAUCAUUCUACGACCAAUCAAAGGACAGGGCUCAGAGUUGAAGACAUCACAGAGGUCAUACUGAACUGGGACCACAGCAUCUCAUAUCCAGUGUGCGUGUGCGUGUGUGCGUGUGUGUGUUGUUGUGUGUGCAUGCUUACCCAUCCAACUGAACUAUUCCUGGUGAACUCAUCCAACUGAACUA